GCUGUGAAUUUUUUAAACAGACCAAUGAACAGAGGCGGCGGAAUGCUUUUGCUCGAAUAGCCCAAUCAGGAAGCUUUGUUGCAGGAAUUUAAAGGUCUGUGCCGCUUUCUCUAUGUAUCACAACCUUUGCGCAACGACAGGGAGUAACACCACAAAGCUUUAUUUCCCUGCUGCUGACUUUUCCUAUCACUUGAAAAUGUCCGAGAACGUCGCACGUUUGAACAAGUUCAAGAACAAAGGCAAAGACGCCAAUGAACUUCGACGCAGAAGAGUGGAGGUGAACGUCGAGCUCCGCAAAGCGAAGAAAGAUGAUCAGAUAUUCAAAAGAAGAAAUGUGUCUGCACUUCCUGAGGAGGCGACUUCUCCUCUUCAAGAGAGAACUCAAAACUGUCAGGCUGCCCGGCAGUGGACAGUUGAAGAGAUUCUCGGAGGGGUGAACAGUGGUAAUGCUGAGACCCAGCUCCAGGCUACACAGGCUGCACGGAAACUGCUGUCUCGUGACAAGCAUCCUCCCAUUGACCAGAUGAUCAGCACUGGUCUGAUCCCCAAGUUUGUGGCCUUCCUGGGGAUGACUAACUGUCCUCCAAUCCAGUUUGAGGCUUCAUGGGCUCUGACCAACAUUGCCUCCGGGACCACCGAUCAGACGGCUGCUGUUGUUGAGGGUGGGGCCAUUCCUGCUUUCAUUGCCCUGGUCACAUCUCCCCAUCAGCACAUCAGUGAGCAAGCAGUCUGGGCCCUAGGAAACAUUGCUGGUGAUGGAUCAGCUCUUAGAGACAAGGUCAUCAAGCAUGGAGCCGUGGCCCCACUGCUCAGUCUGCUGGCAGUCCCUGACCUAUCUGUAUUUAAUACCAGCUACCUGAGAAAUGUUACAUGGACGCUGUCAAAUCUCUGCCGCAACAAGAACCCCUCCCCUCCUAUGACUGCAGUCCAACAGAUCUUACCCACCCUCAUUCGUCUUCUACACUGUGAUGACCUGGAGGUGUUGGCUGACGCAUGUUGGGCUGUUUCAUACCUGACAGACGGCGCUAAUGAGCGCAUUGAGGUGGUGGUCCAAGCUGGUUUAAUUCCCCGCCUGGUGAAGCUGCUGGGCUUUGACGAGUUGCCUGUCGUGACCCCUGCACUGCGUGCCAUUGGCAACAUUGUGACCGGUACAGAUGAGCAGACUCAGGCGGUCCUGGAUGCCGGUGCCCUGAAUAUGUUCCCCCAGUUGCUGCGGCACAAAAAAGCCAACAUUCAAAAGGAAGCAGCCUGGACUCUGUCCAAUGUCACGGCAGGGAAGGACUCCCAAAUCCAGGAAGUCAUCAAUGCAGGCCUCGUUCCUUACAUGGUUGAUAUGCUUAUGCGGGGUGACUACAAAACUCAGAAAGAGGCUGUGUGGGCCGUUACAAACUUCACCAGUGGGGGCACUAUUCAGCAGGUGGUUUACCUUGUUCAAGCCAAUGUGCUUGAGCCUCUUCUGAAUCUACUGUCCUCUAAGGACAGUAAAACUGUUCUUGUCAUCUUGGAUGCCAUUACCAACAUCUUCAUGGCUGGUGAUAAAAUUGGAGAGUCAGACAAGCUGAGCCUAAUGAUUGAGGAAUGUGGUGGACUGGACAAGAUCGAGGCUCUGCAGGGUCACGAGAAUGAGAUGAUCUACAAAGCGGCCCUCAACCUGAUAGAGAAAUACUUCUCCGACGAGGAGGAAGUGGUGCAGUGUGUGGCACCAGAAGCAACCACGGACGGCUAUGCGUUCCAAGUCGGUGAAAACCAGAGCACUUUCAAUUUCUAGACAACUUUCUAAAACUUUUGUUCUCAACUGUACUGUACUCUCGUUGCUACUGUUUGUCCUUUGUUCAUGUAAUCCUGGAGUUUUGCUCUUCUUUGUAUGUACUGUACAUACUAUUUUAACAUAAGUGAUAAAACAUGAUUGUAAAUAAAGUUGUUGGAUCAUG